AUGCUGACGAAACCCCAGCCGCCUGUGCUCGACGUAUCCGGCGGCGCCACGAGCCUCCACGGCUGUGCGUGGCAUCUUCCUUGCCGGCGGCGACGGUGGCGGCUCCGCUCGGCAGCUACAUCUGCCGUAGCUUUUCCUGAAGAAGGUUCAAGAUUAUUAGAUUUUGCUGGGGCUGGUGCUACGCUACGGCAACUUUUGGAUUCAUUGUUAGCUGCAGCUGCACAUCUCCGAUUGUUCCUCAGUUCUGCUCCUACAUUGCACCGUCAUCAAAAGGAAUUUGUAUUAGUGGAAAUCGUGCUUCGGCUGAAUUAUGUCAAGCAGGGGAACGAUUUAGCUCCUAAUACCGUGCCUCAUGGUGAAAUGUCUUCGCUGCUCACUUCACUCCGACCAGCUGUAUCCGAUCUCAAAAAUCUAAACCUGAAUUUUUCAGUAGUGUUUGAAGUAAAGAUGAUGUGCAUCCACAGCUUGGUUCAGUCACUCUUUGUGCAGCUUUUUGAGAAGAUUCAUGUUUCAGAAUUUGCACUCUCUCACAAGUACCACAAGGAACUCCUCCAGUUGAAACAAAAAGACUACACAAAAGCUCAUGAACUUCUCGAGGAUGUUUUGAUGGACCAAAAAAAAUCAAACAUUCAGACCAAUUCACUUUGA